UGCAGUCAUCAUGAAGUUUGACUGAAGACGUGGAGUAGAUGUACGAGGUGUCACACAUAAUUUAGGAUUUUUUUUUUGAAGUUUUACUACCAACCUUUUGUAUUUUGAUCGACUCUGGCAGUUCGAGGACCUCUAGUGGAUUGAAUAUGGAAGCAAAUAGGAAGCUGUGAGGCUCAGAUCGCAGCAGCAGCAGCAGCAGCCGGUGCGGCUCCAGUCAGAACAACUUGUUUGCUGCGAGAUCGCGAGUGUUGCUCGAAGAGGAGCAAAGAAAAUGUCGCUUUUUUGACAGAUAAGUCACUCCGAGGCGACGGCUUGCUGUGCGUGAAGAAACAUGAAGGGUUUGUGUCUGCUGUGUUGAUUUAUAAGAAUCGACAAAACCAGAGGAGAAGAGAGAGAAGCGAUGAUGAACUCAGGCAUGCAUAAGCCUCCUGUGGCCCCUAAACCAAAGCUGGCCCUCCACCAGAGGCCUGAGCUGUCUCCCUCAAUCCCCAGAAAAGACAGCCUCUCGCACCCAUCUCCUGGCACACCGAGGAAGGUUAAACCAUUACUAGCUCCCAAACCUUGCCUCUCUAAACUCACCGCUGCUGUGGAAUCCAAGCCUCUAGUUUCAAGGAGCCUGCACCACCCAGAAGCCCCUCGGACCGUCGGUGUUCUUAACUCUCAAAAUGGAAUACAGCAAGAGAACAAAAAGCCUGACUGGGAUUAUAUUAUUCCUAUUUGCCUUUGUAGCCAAGAAAACUGUAUGUGCAUCAGGAACACAAGCUUGGACAAAGCUGAGAAACACUUAAAAACAUUGCGAAAGAGCAAAACUGAAGAGGACAAAAAGACUGUGCCAACAACGCGAUGCACCCUGGAUGGCAGCAGGGAGAAAACAGACGAUGUUAAGUGCCAUGUGACGAACACUUCCUCCACCAAUGCUCACCUUACGAACCACAAACCUCUCAAAGAGACACUUCCUGUGGAACGAAACUUCAACAGAGACAUUGAUACCUCGAGUCCUGAGGUGACUGUUCGGCCGUCUCUUCCUCACAGAACAUGGAGUGAUGAAGCAAAUGCUAACACCAUACCUCAGAGUGCACCUGGGCGAGGACCAGAGGAAGAUGCUCUUGGCUCAGAGCAAACCAGUGCGCUCCAACCCAAACCAGUCCCAGCAGCCCCUAGGAAGCCCGUCCCUGUCCCUGUACCACGGAAACCCAGGACAGUGGUUCAGGCUCAUCAGGAAAAGGUGGAGGAGGGGAGGGAAGAGUCUGUGAGUCAAGAAUGGAGGGAAAUGAACGUCAAAGAGGUGAAGGUGUCAUCAGAGGGGAAGGGCAGCUCAUCCCCGUCUGUCAAUGUGGCAGACAGUGAAAACAAGCAGCCGAUUUUUCUGUCUGCGAGAAGAGCUUGUGCCCCGCCAGCCCCUCCGCCCAGGAAAAAGCCUUUUCUGUCUGCACCCGAGAGGGCGCCAACCUCUGCUCCUCUGACGCUUCCAAAGGAUGUGAAGGCGGAAGAUCUGGGCUGGGACAGCAGCAAUAUUGAGAUGGAGGUAUCGGUUGACGAGGAGGAUGAAGAGAUGCAGAAGGAAGGAGCGGAUGAUCAGGAGGCAGUCGACGGCGACUUCGCACGUCGUCCUCCUUCUCGCAGUUUGCUCAGUCAGCCGGAGUUGAGCCGGAGUCCUGGCAUCACUGUGGCAGGUGAGGAGAAGGGGAUGGUUAAAGUAGUGCCGAAGAAGCCCCAGAGACACAGCAGCCCAAUGGCACUGAUUCAGAAGAAGGAACCCCUGGAGGAGAGAGAAGUGGAGAAAGAAGGAGAUGAUGAGAAACACCAGACCCAUGUUUUGCAAGAGAGGGUAAAGAUGGAGCUGCCUACGAAGGAAAAAUCAAGCAGGAACCUCUUAACAACAGGAAUCAUCAAACCAUCUCGCUCCAGCCUGAGCAAACAGAAAGCCAAGUCCUUCUCUGCGGCUGACGUCAUUCGCUCUGAUGGACAGAGGAGGACCUCUUUCCGGAAACUGCUAGACUUGACGCUUUCAGUGAAGAUGUUACCCAAGCUCAAAGUAAAAGGAGGCCAGAGCCCUGACUCCACUGCAAAUGAUAAUCAACAAAGCGUUGACAAGGACCAAGAUGAAUGUCAGAACCUUCCUGUGCCUCUCCAGCCCGGACGUAAAUUCUCCUGCCCGCUCAUUGGAAUCGAGCAAAGUGUAGACGGAGAUGAAUUUUCUCCAGGACUCGAACAAGAUCCCUACUAUGAGAACAUUGCUCACUAUGAGGAGAUAUCAGACUACAUAAAUAUGCCAGCGGGGGAGGCAGGGUUGUCUCCUCAGGCCUCCUUCUCGCAGCUGUACAAUGAUGAAGGUAUCUACGAGGAGCAGGAGCCAUACAUGUCCCUGGUGAAAGACACCCAUCAACAGCAGCAUGAGACAGCAGCAGAGUUUGACAGAAGCUCAGUCGACGAGGAGGUGGCUCUUGUGACUGAGGGCUCCUGGGAUGAUGACUUUGGGGCAGACAGCUCGGAUGAGGACGAGGAUGAUAGCAGCUCCAUCUCAAGUAAAGGCGACCCUGAGCAGCCAGAGGAGAGUCCGACGCAGCGUGAAAAGAAGAAAAGCAAGAUACACCACAUCGCCACAGAAAUCAUGACGUCCGAGAGCGUGUUUGUUGACGUCCUAAAGAUGCUUCAUGUUGACUUCCGUGAUUCGGUGUCUAAAGCGUCUCAGCAGAGUGGGAAACCUGUGAUCGAGGAGCGUCUUCUCAACCAGAUCCUGUACUACCUCCCACAGCUCUAUGAACUCAACCAAAACCUGCUCAAAGAGCUGAGGCAGAGAGUGGACAAAUGGGAUGAAAACGCCCAGGUCGCAGACAUUUUCCUGAAGAAAGGGCCCUAUCUAAAGAUGUACUCCACAUACAUCCGUGAGUACGACAAGAAUGUGGCUCUACUGGAAGAGCAGACCAAGAAGAACGCAGCAUUUGGCGCGGUGGUGAAGAAUUUUGAGGCGAGUCCACGCUGUGCCAAUUUGGCUCUCAAGCAUUACCUCCUGAAGCCUGUUCAGAGGAUUCCUCAGUACCAGCUACUCCUCACAGAUUAUCUAAAAAACCUGUCUGAGGACUCAGAUGACUACAAGGACACUCAAGCUGCUCUUGCUAUCGUGAAAGAGGUGGCCAAUCACGCCAAUGACAUCAUGAAACAAGGGGAUAUCUUCCAGAAGUUGAUUCAGGUGCAGUGUCGUCUAAACGGCCACCAUGAGAUUGUCCAACCUGGCCGGGUCUUCCUCAAAGAGGGCAUCCUGAUGAAGCUGUCCAGAAAGGUCAUGCAGCCCAGGAUGUUCUUCCUGUUUAACGACGUCCUGCUCUACACCACUCCUGUUCAAUCAGGACAGUUCAAGCUCAACAACAUGCUGUCACUGGCUGGGAUGAAGGUUAGCAAACCGAGUCAGGAGGCCUGUCAGAAUGAGCUGAAGAUUGAGAGUGUGGAGCGUUCUUUUAUUCUCUCUGCGAGUUCGGCCACAGAGCGAGAUGAAUGGCUCGAGGCAAUUUCCACAGCAAUCAGCGACUACACCAGGAAGAAAAUCAGUUUUAUUUCAGGAAAGCCUCCCGAUCAGAUAGAUCUGAGCGACCAUGACGAUGGUGCUCCCUUGGGAUCCAAAGCUCCCAUAUGGAUCCCAGACCCGCGGACCUCCAUGUGUAUGAUCUGCACCUGUGAGUUCACCCUGACAUGGAGGAGGCAUCACUGUCGCGCAUGUGGAAAGGUGGUGUGCCAGUCGUGUUCCUCCAACAAACACUGUCUUGAAUAUCUAAAGAACCAGUUAGCUCGAGUGUGUGACCAGUGUUUCCUUGUUCUUCAGCAGGAGAAAAGUGAAAGGGCCCUAUCAGCAGCGGUGUCCCCUGGAAGCAGAGCUACCUUUGCUUUUUCCAGGAAGCAGAAGAAGAUACCUGCAGCCCUCAAACAGGUGUCAGCAAACACUGACAACUCCUCCAUGAGUGGGUAUCUGCAGAGGUCGAGAAGAAAUAAAAAGCAGGGGAAGAGGCUGUGGUUCGUCAUUCAGGACAAAGUUCUGUACACGUACGCUGCGAGCGAGGAUGUUGCAGCCUUGGAGAGUCAGCCCCUGCUAGGAUUUGUGUUGAAGGUUGAUUCUUCACAGAAGCUGCAGUUUAAGCUGUACCACAAAAACACACUUUACUACAUUUUUAAAGCUGACGACGUCCAAACUGCCCAAAGAUGGAUCGAGUCCUUCAAAGAAGCCACCGUGCUUUAAUAUCUGUUGACAGUGUGUGAAGCAGUUUAGCAUCGUUUUUCAGAAAAUGUUUUUACCUCAGUGCUCUCUGAAUUCUGCAAAAAAAAACACAUCACGAGACACAUCAUUACUUGCAUUGAAAUGGAAACCAAAAUUGAAUAUUUUAUUUCACUGUUCUCAUCAGAUUUACUGUAGCUGGAUUUUACAUAGUUUUUAGGUCACUCCCGUGGAGGUGGGGUUUAAGGCUGUUGUUUUUGUUUUUUUAAGAUGAACCUUUUCCAUCAGGGUUUAUGUGAUAUUGCCUUCAACUUAGCUAUUACUAUGCAAUAAUUUAUUGCUCAUUUAGACUUUGAUUUUGUCGUAUUUUAAUUUAAUUGUCUGGUAUCCUUCCUGGAUCCUUAUAGCACAGAUUUGGUGAUUAAAAUCCCAUCAUCUAGACAUUGGUAAUUAAUACUUUCAGAGGUGAAAACAAACCCCACAGACGCUACUAGUUGUUUGGGAAUGGGUUUUUUCCCCACACUUGAGAAGUUGGCUACAAAACACACAGUGUGCACCCUUCUUGCCUAUUACAUGAUUAAGGCUUUUAGUAAUUUUGAGUCUAACCUCGAGUCUUACUGGUGUAUCAGGGGAAUGUUCACAGUUUGUGCAUAACUGCACCACAAUGUGUGUUGCACUUAAGUCACUCUGAUCGAUGUACAUAGAUUAUACCCGUCCACACAUAUUCUAUGUAAAUAGAGAUUAUUGUAAAUUAAAUGUAAUCACAAUUUCCAUGAAUCUCAUUUUUACUGCCUAAAUUUUGACAGUUUAAUAAAUUUCUGUUUUACUGUG